AUGCACCCUUACGGCGAUGCGGGACCCCAACAGCAGCAGCAACAGCAGCUUCCUCCUGCAUAUGCGCAGGCGCACUACCCCCAGCCACCGCCCAUCAUUGGCUAUGCGAUAGCGCCACCGGCGGCGCCUCCGCGGAAUGGAGACGUCGUUAUUGGCUGGGAGAUUCUGCCGGUCGAGGAGGGCUGCGGCUGUGACCUCAAUACGAGCGGCAUCGUCGCCCUGGUGAUCCUGCUGCUGGUGUUCUGGCCGCUUUUCUGGAUCCCGAUGGUUAUGUCGGACUGCAAAAACCAACGCCAGCGCCCGAUCUACGGGCCGCCAGGGAGCGUCCCCCAGAGCGUGGCCGUACAGAUCCCCACCGCCGCCGUCGCCCAGCACGCGCAGCCCGUCACUGGGUACCCCGCGCCCAUCCCCGCCCCCGCCGCGGGCCCCUCUUCCGCCGCGGCGCCGCCGGCGAAGCAGGUCUGA